CGCUCCCGCCCCCAGGCUGCGUCCAGCCGCUCGGGCAGCGCGGGGCGCGCAACAGAUGAGCAGCCCGAACUUUCCGGGUAGGUCCGCUUCCCCGACCCGGGGGAGCCCGGGCUCCCGCUCCGAGCUUUAGAACCCUCACCUCACCGCCACCUGGAAACCAUCUGCGGCUGCGGCGGCCCCGAGCUCGCCCCCCGCCCGCGCGGUCCCCUCAACUUCGCCGGGAGGACCAGAAAUCAGUUUUCAACUUGUGGAGCUAUCUCAUUAACUAAAGGGACCUGACAAUGUCUUUAUACUGUAGAAUUGCUUUCAAGAGAAAAUCUUUUUGGUGCUAUAGGCUACUGUCAAGCUAUGUCACAAAGACACGGUAUUUAUUUGAACUGAAGGAAGAUGAUGAUGCUUGUAAAAAAGCCCAGCAGACAGGAGCAUUUUACCUCUUCCAUAGCCUGGCGCCUUUACUUCGGACAGCAGAACAUCAAUACCUGGUCCCCCGGCUUAGCCUAUUAGAGUUGGAAAGUUUCCUGGGUAAGUUUGGACAGGAUGCACAAGUAAUAGAAGAUUCUGUGCUGAUUGGAUGUUCUGAUCAGCAUGAAGCUUGGUUUGCUCUGGACCUCGGUCUGAAUAGCUCAUCUUCCAUGUAUGCCUCCGUACCAAAACCUGAAAUGGAGACAGAGCUCAGAGGGUCUUUCGUUGAACUGAGGAAGGCUUUAUUUAAGCUGAAUUCAAUGGAUUCCUCCUUGCUAUUCACGGCUCAGGCUCUUCUCCGUUGGCAUGACAAUCAUCAGUUCUGCAGCAGAAGUGGGCAGCCCACUAAGAAGAAUACGGCCGGCAGCAAGCGUGUGUGCCCUUCUAAUAAGAUCAUCUAUUACCCACAGAUGGCUCCUGUGGUGAUCAUUCUUGUGUCAGAUGGGUCUCGAUGUCUGCUUGCUCGCCAGAGUUCCUUUCCCAAGGGAUUAUAUUCUGCCCUGGCAGGUUUUUGUGAUAUAGGUGAGUGUAUAGAAGAUGCUGUCCGUCGCGAAGUUGCAGAAGAGGUGGGAUUGGAGUUGGAAAGCCUCCAGUACUCUGCAUCCCAGCACUGGCCCUUUCCUAAUAGCUCUCUCAUGAUUGCUUGUCAUGCAACUGUGAAACCAGGGCACACAGAAAUCCAGGUGAACUUGAGAGAACUGGAGGCAGCUGCCUGGUUCAGUCAUGAUGAGGUGGUCACAGCACUGAGGGGAGAGGGCCCCUAUAUUCAGCAACAGAACAAGACUUCGCCAUUCUCUUUGCCCCCUAAGUUAGCCAUUGCCCACCAACUGAUUAAGGAGUGGGUGGAAAAACAGGCCUGUUCUUCCCUACCUGCUUAGCCCAGAUCAGGAUGUCUAGAUUCUUCCUGGGUAUGGCUGAAGGACACACCUUCAGAGGUCCUUUGUAAAGGAGAGGUAAAAAGCAGCAACAGGCCAAUCUCAUAAUUAGGCAGUGGUGAAGGUAAACUCAAGGAAAGAUACCUCUGUCAGCAAUGCCAGCAUAAGACAUUCCUAAGAACAUGCAGUAAGAAUGACAGUAUAAGCCAGGUAUGGUAGCAUGCACCUGUAGUCACAGCUACUUGGAAAGCUUGAGCCCAGGAGUUUGGGACCAACAUGGGCAACAUAGCAAGAACUUCCUCUUUAAGCAAAACAAAAUAAAACUAGAUGUGGUGGUACAUGCCUAUAAUCCCAGCACUUGGGAGGCCCUGUUGGUUUCUAGUUCCAGGCCAGCCAAGGUUACAUAGUAAGAAAACAAAACAGCAACAAAAAAGCUAAAGAGAAAAAGCUGUUACUGUGUCAACCAUCAAAAUCAGAGUAAGAGUGGAGAUUAGUUUCAAUGUAUGCCCUUCGUAAUUCACUUUCUCCAAGACCUUAGAAGCAAACAUCUGGUUUGUCUCUUGUUAAUGCUGUUUAUAUUAACCACCAAAACAUGCCUGGAGUAAUUACAGUUAAGAUGUUUAUCUUCACAUGGAAAAUAUAUAACCAACCUGAAGCUACUAAUCAGUUACAGAACCAGGAAAAAUAUUGUAACAUUUUAAAAUUUGUGAACAGGUAUGUUCUUGUACCUAGUAGUUAAAUAAGAGGAUUUUUUUGUUGAUUUUUUUUCCUCUAGUGUUGGGAAUGGAAUCCAGAGCCUUAUGCAUGCUAUGCAAGUGCUCUGCCCCUGAGCUUCAUCCCCAAAAUUUUUCUUUAAGUUGUCUGAAGGGAUGAAGAAAGAGGGAGCUUGAGUCUUCCUCAAAAUGCUCUUGCAUGGGAGGCAGUGAGGUUCUGUUGAUGUGGCAGAGUGCCUAACUAGCAGGCAUAAGGACUAUCAUCCAAAAACUCCAGUAGUAUCCAAAAGAACAAUAAAAAAAAAAAAAACCAAAAAGAUUAUGUUCUCAGCUCUAUUAUUUGCUCAGUUUGUGACCCAUGUAAAAGACUAUCACUUUGCCAUCUGUAUUUCCCUAAACUUGUACCACUUCUCCUGCCAUCGUAUACCAGUCUUAAGGAAGGAAACCUGU